AUGCCGGAAAAUAAUCCUCCUAUAUUAGAGAAGUAUGAUGGCUCGACAAAUCCCGACAAUCCUCUCAGGAUCUUCACCAAUGCAAUGGCGUUCUACACGGACAGUGAUUCGGUCAUAUGCAGAGCCUUCUCCUUAUCACUCAAGGACGAGGCAUGGGAGUGGUAUAACACUCUUCUGCCAAACAUAGUGGAUUGCUUCGCCACCGUAGAAACCCUCUUUAGAAGGCAAUACGCCUCCAAUAAAAAACAAGAGAUAACCCCGGCGGAAUUGGUAAAUUCUAAACAAGAGAAAGGGGAAACUUUAAAGGCCUUCAUGAAAAGGUACAACGAAACCGCACGACGAGUUAAAGAGGUUAGUCACUCUUUUAUUAUCAACAAUUUACCUUCAUGCUUGAGACCAAGAUAUUCUGCUGAAAAAUUAUAUGCGCGACCACCAAAAACUAUGGAAGAACUCCAAGAAAGAGUAGUUGAGUUCAUCCGUAUGGAGGAUAUGCAAAUCUUACAAAGAAAGAAGCAACAAGAAGUCUCUACAAGUGGAAGCAAGAAAGAAGGCAGACAGUCAUUCAGCAGUAGUGACAAGAAUGGAGGUACGUUUCACAAGGAUUUCAUCCGAACACCCAGGUAUAAUCAUUACACUCCCCUCAACGCACCCAGGGUAAAAGUUCUUGAGGAAGCUCUAAAUACUGAACUUCUUACAAUUCGGAAAAAGUCUUCUCCAAAAGACGCUGACGAAAGGAAAAGCUACCGGUUUCAUCUAAAUCGAGGACAUACUACAGAGGAAUGUGAUGCAUUAAAAGAUGAUAUCGAAAGGCUCAUCCGAGGAGGGCAUCUGUAG